AGCAGGAACUGUUCAGUGAAAGCAGCGUGUGUGUGUGUGUAGUGUGUGUGUGAUGGAGCAGUAGAGCUCCUGCCCCGAGCGAGGGAAGCUCAGUCAGUUGAGAGAUGGUGAAAGUGUGUGAGGGGUUUACCCAAGUGUGUGUGUUAAUUCUUCUGUGCCCAGUUAGGGUUAGUUCUCUUUAUUAUUUGACCUGUGAGUGAGUGUGAGGAGUUAAAGAAGAAGGGAGGGGCUUUUUUCGUAUUUCAGCCGAAACUCGGCAUUUGUGUUGGAGAAACUGAAUUUCUUUAUUCUGAUUUUGACUCCAUUAAACACCUUCACGAGUUUUUAUUCCAUACAACAGUGUGGGUUCGUGUCUGAACACAGCCCUGCGGGACUGCUCAGGGAACUUCGGGGUGUGGGUGUGUCUCCGGGUGUGUGUCUCGGUGUGUGUGUGUGUGUGUGUGUUUCGGUGUGUAUGUGUGUGUCUCGGUGUGUGUGUGUGUGUCUCGGUGAAGUUGUCGAAGAAGAACAAAAGCAUCGCGGGAAGUGUUAAAGAAAGGAUCCGAACUCUCCACCGCAGGUUUAAUCCGGAUUUAGUAAACCGGUUCAGUGACGAGAAAGUUGACUUAAAGUGGUCAGAAAUGGUGAAACGGAUCUGUCUAAGACUUUAUACCAACUUUUACUGACCACGUCAUCGCUGUUACUCACAUCAUCCCUGAAAACAACCCGCCGGGGAUUCGAUCCCAGCCCCUCCACUGAGGACACUCACACACCGACGGGUUAACACAGUUAACACACAGUAAACAUGGCAAUGCGAGGCCACACCUCUGGGUCAUUAAUGAGUAAUCACACUAAGGAGAGAGUGACCAUGGCCAAGGUGACUCUGGAGAACUUCUACAGCACACUGAUCACACAGCACGAGGAGAGAGAGAUGAGGCAGCAAAAACUGGAGAAAGUUAUGGAUGAAGAAGGCCUUCCUGAUGAAGAGAAGCGAAUGAGACGCUCUCAGCACGCCAAGAAGGAGACGGAGUUCUUGCGCUUGAAAAGGACAAGACUUGGUCUGGAUGACUUUGAAUCACUGAAAGUGAUCGGACGAGGGGCAUUUGGAGAGGUGCGUCUGGUGCAAAAAAAGGACACGGGUCAUGUUUAUGCCAUGAAGAUCCUGCGUAAAGCUGACAUGCUGGAAAAAGAACAGGUGGCUCAUAUCCGUGCAGAGAGAGAUAUACUGGUUCAGGCAGACAGUCUGUGGGUGGUGAAGAUGUUCUACAGUUUCCAGGAUAAACAAAAUCUCUACCUGCUCAUGGAGUUUCUGCCAGGAGGUGACAUGAUGACACUUCUGAUGAAGAAGGACACUCUGACUGAGGAGGAAACGCAGUUCUACGUGGCUGAAACAGUUCUGGCCAUCGACUCCAUCCACCAGCUCGGCUUCAUUCACCGAGACAUCAAACCUGAUAACCUGCUGCUCGACUCAAAGGGUCAUGUUAAACUCUCUGAUUUCGGUCUGUGUACUGGACUUAAGAAAGCUCAUCGUACAGAGUUCUACAGAAACUUGAGCCACAGCCUCAGCACUGACUUUAGUGAGUACAGCUCCAUUUCCCAGCAUGCACCAGAGUUCAUCUCAACUUCUUACUGGUGUGUGUGUGUGUGUGUGUGUGUGUGUGUGUGUGUUUUAUCCACAGCCUCUCAGAACAUGAACUCUAAGCGGAAGGCAGAAACAUGGAAACGCAAUCGGAGGCAGCUGGCAUUUUCCACAGUGGGAACUCCAGACUACAUCGCUCCAGAGGUGUUUAUGCAGACCGGCUACAAUAAGCUCUGUGACUGGUGGAGUUUGGGAGUCAUUAUGUACGAGAUGCUGAUUGGAUAUCCACCCUUUUGUUCUGAGACCCCUCAGGAGACGUAUAAAAAGGUAAUGAACUGGAAGGAGACCCUGGUUUUCCCCCCUGAGGUGCCGAUCUCUGACCGAGCCAAACACCUCAUCCUCAGGUUCUGUUCUGAAGCAGAUCAUCGUAUUGGAGCUGCAGGAGUUGAGGAGAUUAAGAGGAACCCAUUCUUCGAGGGAGUUGAUUAUGAUCACAUCAGAGAGAGACCGGCAGCAAUCCCCAUCGAAAUCAAGAGCAUCGACGAUACAUCAAACUUCGAUGAGUUUCCUGAGUCAGACAUCCUGCAGCCUGCUGCAGGCAGUAGUCAUGCGGAGUCAAACUAUAAGAAUAAGGACUGGGUUUUCAUCAACUACACGUAUAAGCGGUUUGAGGGUCUGACGGCGCGGGGGGCGAUCCCAUCCUACAUGAAGGGAGGGAAGAGAUGAGCGCACCUGUCUGUCUGUCCCACUCUCCUCUCUGUCUCACCCCGGUAACCCCCCCCACCCCUCCCCUGACACUACAAGACUUAGUGCUAUCCCAUCAUCCCCUGCUGCCACACCCACAGAACACUGUGCUGCUAUUGGCUGAGAGCAGUAGGGACCAUCCUUAGUUUUUUGACAGUCCCUGCCUGCUGCACUGUGAUUGGCUACUAUAACAUCACUCAUGUCGUUGUAGCAACCGAAGUAAAACGACACCAGAUGGACAGAAACAUCAGCACGUUGGUUUCACAUCCAUCUCUCUGAAAAUGUCUUCUGCUGGAACACUGUCUCUAAUUUCCACUUGUUUCAAUCAUAACAGGGGCCUUUCUGGUUACCAUGGUGAUGCCAUACCUUUGCAGUGAAUUUAAUGCUUCAGCAACAACAUAAAAACAGCAGCUGUUGAUCAAAGAACGCACGCACACAAACACGCGCACAUAUGCGCUUUCCACUAUAAGCUCUUUUAUACUUGUAUCGAGUCGUAGGCUGUAUUUUUGUUUAUUUUUCUAUCAAAACACACAUUGAAUUCUCAUCCAAUAUUCCAUCAUAAAUGUCUUUGUUAUUCGUGGUGUUUAAUUUUAUCUUUCAUCUGUUUUAUUAUAAUCACUUAAAAGGAUAGUUGGGGAUUUUUGACAUGAAUCUGUAU